AGGCUGACAUACCUGAAGACACAUUCAGACGUCUGGUCUACUUUGCAAACAUCUUAUUGGCAGCACAAAGGUCCCUUCUCUGCGACCAGUCGGCUGUACAUGGAGACCCCCAGUUGGGCAGAAACCAAGCCAGGAAGUGGUCUGUGCAAACCAGGAACCAUUGCUCUGUUUGGUAACGUGGUUUACAACGGGCUGCUCAACGAGCACUUCUGGCACUUCGGGGUUCCCCUCGUCACCAGACUGGGCAACCAAGAGGCCCCAGCUCCCCCUGAAGCCAUGGCCCAGCCCUUCCCACCGGCCCAGUACCCUCCCCCCCCACAGAACGGGAUCCCAGCCGAGUACGCCACGCCCCACGCCCACCCGCCGACCGACUACACAGGACCAAGCACGGUGGCCGAGCACGCCCUGACGCUGUACACGCAGACGCACACGCAGAACGAACAACCGGGAAACGACAGCAACACCCCGGCCCUCACGGCCAACACAGUCACGCAGGCAGAGGAGGUUGUACAGACAGAGGGCUCCCAGCAGCUCCACCUGCAGCCCAGCGAUUCGUCGGAGAAGCAGCAGCCCAAGAGGUUACACGUCUCCAACAUCCCCUUCCGCUUCCGAGACCCCGACCUCCGGCAAAUGUUCGGGCAAUUCGGCAAGAUUUUAGACGUGGAGAUUAUUUUUAACGAGCGAGGCUCCAAGGGUUUUGGGUUUGUAACAUUUGAAACGAGCGCAGAUGCCGACCGUGCGCGGGAGAAACUAAAUGGUACAAUCGUAGAGGGACGCAAAAUAGAGGUCAACAAUGCCACCGCCAGAGUAAUGACCAACAAAAAGGUGGCGAACCCUUACACAAACGGCUGGAAGCUGAAUCCAGUGGUUGGAGCCGUUUACGGUCCUGAGUUUUAUGCAGUGACUGGGUUUCCAUACCCCAGUACAGGAGCAGCUGUGGCCUACAGAGGGGCCCAUUUGAGAGGGAGGGGUCGCGCCGUCUACAACACGUUCCGUGCCGCACCUCCUCCUCCACCUAUCCCUGCCUAUGGAGCUGUGGUCUACCAGGAUGGAUUUUAUGGAGCAGAAAUAUAUGGAGGAUAUGCAGCUUACAGAUAUGCCCAGCCAGCCGGUACCACCGCAGCUGCAUACAGUGACAGUUAUGGCAGAGUCUAUGCAACAGCAGACCCAUAUCACCAUACGAUUGGUCCUGCAGCCACAUACAGUGUGGGCACUAUGUAAAUACAAGAAAGACUAGAGGGAUGAGUACAGAUGGACAUCAACUUUAAAAAAAGAGAAGAACAACGUGGACACAGAAGGAUGCUUAAAAAAACAACUAUAACAACGAGCAGAUUUGUAAAGGAGCCCGGCCUUCUAUCAGGAAUGAAACAUAGGAUCUGACGAAUGGAUGGACGAUGUUUGUGGACCUGCUCUGAGUCGGGGCCUGAACCGUUGAGCCUGUAGUCCAGGGGAAGGGGAGCCUGCUGGCUCUGACCCCUGAAAAACAAGCCUUGCUGAGCGUAAGAGACCAAUUAGAGAGGUCACCAUAAAACAUUUUAUUUUUGUAAACUUUUUUAAGUUUAUGAUUUCCAAAAAGAGCAAACACUAAUGUACCUAUAUACAUAUGAUAUAUUAUAUGUGUGUAAUAUAGUAAGUAUGUAUACAAAAAAAAAAAGAAACUUGGGUAUAAAUGUUGUUUUUGCAAUUUGGAAGACGGAGGUGAGGUAUGGAGAUACCAGCUUCCCCCCGUCUUCUGAUUGCACCCCUCAACCUUUGCCCCUCUAUGGUGCAGGGGUUUUGGGGUGGGUGUGGACUUGGUGUAUGUAUGUGUGUGCAGUGAGGGAUGUUGGGGGGGGGGGGGGUAGCCGUUCCAGCAGACAUGUCACUAUGUGAUUCUUAAGGAAACAUGGUGUAUUCUUUAGAUAGACAAAAGCUUUUUCAGCCUGUCUUCCACUAACAAACUGCAGUAGUGUAGUUGUGUUUUGUUCGUUUUGUCUGCAUUUUGUUGAUUCCAAAAAUUAAGCAUAGAAAUAUUUAAGUGUCACUACAUGGGUCUGUGCAAAUGGAGAUAAGAAAGAGGCCCAGCUGGAGCAGUAGGUCAUGUCUGCUGGAGGCCUGGUGGCCCCUGACAUCACGACCAAACAUGUCAUUGUAGUGUUGUGGUUAGAGGUGGCUGUGCUGUGUAGUAAACUGCUUUUGUACAUCGUGUUGGGUGGGGGUAAGGGUGGGUUUAACAGGCAGUCUGAGAGGGGUUGUACAAAUUAGAAACAUGGGAGCUGUCUGCUUUCGGAGCGUCGCGCGAAACUCCUUCCAUCCAUCUUCCCUCGACUUCCACCACCAGGGAGGGAGACACGGUGGGAUAGAGGGGAAAAAAAAGCCCCAUGUGAAGUCUUUAAAAAGUGUCACAAAAGGUUUCCUAAGAGUCUCUUUAAAAACUUUCUAUUUAUAUGGAUCUCUACUUUAGUGACAUCCUUCUAUAUUUAAACGUUGUACUAAUUACAUGCUGUCAGGCAUGGUGGGAGAGUCCGUUGUAGCCAUUUACUAAUGUUGUAUUUAUUGUAUUACCAGUAAGAAGAAAAAAACAUUUAUAUAUGAAUAUAGAUAUAUCUAUUUGUGAUCUGCAACUCUUGGACAUAAGUUUGCCUUUGAUUUCCAACUUUCAUGCAGGAUUCAAUGCACUGUCGAUGUAUGAUGAGGUUUCUACUUGUGUGAUGUUUAAUUCCGUUGACAUUCGUUUGGUUUCCUUUCGGUUCAGCUACUGAAUGUAAAACUUUUUAGGUAGAUGUUGUUGUUUUCUAUAUACUGAAAAAAAAAACAGUAUUCUGUAAAUUAUAUACAUGUGUAAAUGAUAUAGCAAAAAUGUUUCUGAUAAUAUGCUGGACUUCUAUUAUUCUUCUUCUUCUGCUGACCCAGACAGACGGUAAUGCCAUGGCCAGAAAAAAAGGGCAAGUAAGGGGGAAUAAAGUAGAAGUAAAGAUGGUAGGGGAAGCGUUUAAAGGGAACACCAGUGCCCUGCAGCCAGUGUGGGAGCCAGUUAGAGAGACAGAAAUGUGUAAUCAUUACAGGAUCAGUUGGAAUUUUUCCGCAGCCAGGCUUUUCAAAUUUGAUAAGAACAAGGAAACAGGGAGCAGCCUGUCCAUGUGUGCCAGAGAAAGACAAGAUGGAGGAAGGAAAGAUAAGAGGAUUUUUUUUUUUUUUUUUUUUUUAAAUAUUGAUUUUUCUUCCUCCGUCUCUUCUCUCUCUCUCUCUCUUUCGGUCUUUGUCCCACACCCCUCUUGGAUCUUAGCGUUUUAACGGUGCUGUGGGUGAGUGCAAUGUGGGGGGUGAAAAAGACGAGGAGGAUGAAAAAAAGGGGGGAAUACAAGGGAUUGGAUGCACUCUCCUUAUAGGCACAUGAGGAGAAUGAAAUAACGGAAACAACCAGUGGUUUCAUCAAGAUAUUGACAGUACAUUCUUAAGGGAACAUGCUUUCAUUUACAUCUGUAUAUUUUUGCUAAUGCAAGCCAGUUUGGCAGAUCAUUAUGUUACAUGUAUUUCACUCUUUUUUUAAAAGCGCCGUCAAAAUCUUCUGUCUAAGAACUGGCUCAAACAAGGAUCUUUUUUUAAAGAUAUUUGGCGUCUUACAAAGCUUGCAAACUGUUUAGCUGCUGUCAGAGGUCAGUUUAAGUUACUCUAAUACUUAAAUACCUCUGGUAUGUUGUGUUUCCAUUAUUUUGUCCGCCUCCUGUAGACUGAUGUGAAGUGAAUUAUAAAAGUGGGGAAAGUUGAACAUUCUUCUCCUCCUCGUCUUUUUCUCUGUCUCUCUCUUCUAUAUGUCAGUGAGGAUUUCAAGAUUUUUGGGGGGUUUUUUCGGUCAAAAAGUUCUGUAAAAGAAUAUGUUGAUUCCUCCAGUGUGGCUCCAUUGGGCUCCCUCACAGAGUGCGUGUAGCACAGUGGACAAAGUGACUGGUUCAUAGAGUACCUGGCUGUGUCUCUGGAUGGACUCCUCAAAGCUUCUUCAAAGACUACACGGGUGUGUGCGGGUUCAUCUGGUGGAGUGACUGUUUUGAAAAAAAAAAGAAGAAGCCUGUCCACCACCAUCCCAAAGCAGGCGAGUGCUGAUCUGUGUAACUGGGAUAAAAUGACUCAGAAGAAAAAGAGACUGGGACUUUACAGAAAACAAACACACACACAAAAAAAAAAAAAAAACCUACUGAAAAACAACUAACGAUGUCAAUCUUAGCGGAGAUCCAGGUAUCCUCAGAUCUCUGCUUCUCAUUCUGAACUUUUCUGUUCUUCCUGCUGUUGGUUCAACAAUUGUGUCCUGUUUACACGUACUGUAAAUGCUGUCCAUUCAUUAGCAGUUGGAGAGAUCAAAAACAAGGGUGCGAAGCAGCUUUCAUUUUAGCGCUGGAUUUCUCUGUGGCUCAGUACUGUAACCCUGAGAAAUCUAUCCUGUUCAAGCUAGCAUGUCCUUCUCUGCCUUUAGCCCUUAGUCCCUCCAUCCUUUUCCCCCUCCAGACCCCGCCCUCCGCCCUUUAGGAAAACAUCUGCUCCACAGUGCACAUACUAUACAAACAAUCCUUGAGCUUCCUACCAAAACCUGUAUGGGUCUUCUGCAAAACUUUCCCUAUAUUUCAGUAUAAUGUGAAUACCUCAGAUGCAAGCCCUUAAGCAGCUAUUAUCCUCUGAAACCUCCUGGCAAACAGACCUCGCCACACCCCCCACUCCUCUCCAACAACCACGCCUACCUCCCCUUGCCCGCUGACCUCCACCUUUAAAGGCCACGGUAUACUUUCUGCAGAGACACAGGCAGGUUUGCCUAAAGGACAUGUACAAAUUCUUACCAUGAGAAUUGUACAGAGCCCAGAAGGAAAAAAAAACAGAUUUACAAAAAACUUGUAUUUUUCCACUGAGGGCUCAGUGAAAGUAAAUGAACUAUACACAACUUAACAGUAUGAACAAGUAUUUUGUUCAUGUAGGCCUAUAUAUAAAACAACGUAAGAGCAUUCUAGCUGGGAUUGGCAAAGCUAAAUUUGAGCAUCAUUCAUUUAGCAUUUCCAAAAUACAUCAAUGUUAAAAAAAGAAGAUGUAUGAAGUUCAGCUCAAAUAUCAUAAAUACUGAAGCAUCACCAGUCAAGUUAAAAUCACAGUAAACAACAUUUAAAGCUACUGCAGGUGUAUUUUUUCAUUGAUUAUAAAACAAACUGAAAUUUAUAUAAAUUUCUCUUUAUGGAACUACAAAAGCAAACCAGACCAUCAGUAACAAGAUUGACUAUUCCUAUACACUUAUUUUGAAUGUGGGUAAACGCCAACAAGGUGGUAGGCGUCAGACAAACUGAUAAACCCCAGGCUGCAGGUUUUCUCCACAGCAAAGAUUUGCAGUGAGUGAUACAUUUGACUGUUAAAAGAAAGUAGGAGGAAAAACACAUCCCAUCAGAAGAGAUAAGAUACGUCUGUUUGUCUAGAGAGGGCGCCGAAAUCGACACAAUCCAAACGUUUCUCACAGUAGCUUUAAGUUUCAGAACAUAUGUCAGUUAUGUGACAUGCAUUCAUUUAUCAUGUCAUUGCAAAUCAAUGUGCUUAUCAACCCAAACCACAAGUUUGUCAAACAUAACCGAGUAGUUCUGCUGCCUGAAUUGACCAAACCUUGACCCUUACCCUCCUGUCUAUUAUUGAUGAGACACAUUUUUUGCCUGCUCUUCAUCUUGUUGUGUUUCGUAAGGGUAACCAAAACAUCUUAAUUAAGAAAAGGAACAUAUCUCUCUAUAUAUAUAUAUUUGCACACAGAUAAUUAAUCCCAGCACAGAGGACAUCACCUUCCACCAUGAAUACCAUGAAACCAUAACUAGUUCAAAGCGUGUUAUCGAGUCCCGCUACACUUUAAACUUUAAUACCGCGAGUCAAUAUUCAAAGAAGUUCAUAAUAAUACAGAAAUAAUGCUUUAUCUUGUGACAAAUUCUGCUCUUAUUCAGGCUAUUUCACGUUUGCUGUAAGUAUACUGUUGCCUUCCCACACCUUCGUCACUCCCCUUCCCAACAACCACCCAGUCCUAUGCAGAUCCCCAAAGCACAAAGGUUUGAAUGGUGACUAGAGAGUAAACUAGAAAGAAGACGAUGAAUUUCCUUCCAUUCUGUUUCUAUUUGUCCGUCUGUUUUAUCUGUUUGAGGCUUCAAUGUGCUUUUGUAUUUCUUAUGUACAGAUCCUCCCUUUCUCUCUGUAAACAGCAGAAUCUUGUAUAACUGUAUAUUAGACCAACAAAAAAAAAAUACUUUUCAUGUGUGGCUGUGGCUUUACUUGACCUGUGCAAUCCAGACAGUUUUCUGUUCUGCACCUGUACCUACUGGGUUUGGUUGUUUUUUUAGUUUUUUUUAAUUUUGGUUUCUUUUUCCUGGUUUGAUUUCUGUAUGCUCCCAAUGUGCUUCAAAGAAACAAUACUAUUUAUAACAGAUACUGGUACAUUAUUAUCACAGUUAUUAUUACAGUUAUUAAUACCAUGAUUAAUAUGAAUAAAAACAUUUCUUUCCUCAGUAAGUUCCCUGUUAAUGCAGUUAAAGUGAUAUCACGCAUCAUCUGCAGAAAUAAAUCUAUUCAUGCACACAUAA